AUGAACGCUAAGAAAAUAAAGAAGAUUGUUGUUCGUAGAAACAACGUUUUAAGUUCAUUAAAAUUGAUUCAGCAAUUCAACCAAGAUUAUACGUUCGAUCGUGAUUUCCCUCAACUCAAAUUUCGCAUAGAAAAGCUAGAUGAGCUAUGGGAUCAAUUUGACGAAUUACAAACCGAAAUUGAGUGUGAGGAAGAAGCCGACGAAGAACUUUCGGCUGUUAGAAUUUCAUUCGAAACAGAAUAUUUUCAAUUAAAAGGAUCACUCACUGAAAAGCUUGAUGCAGUUGAAGUUGACACAAAAAGACCACUUUCUCCUGUUGCUCCGCCUGUUCAUUCUGUUGGUGUUCGCUUGCCUGAGCUUAAAAUACCGGAGUUUUCCGGAAAUUUCGAAGAGUGGACGAAUUUUCACGAUCUUUUCGUCACUCUGAUUCACACAAAUCAUCAUCUGUCGUCAGUGCAAAAAUUUCAGUAUUUGAAGGCCGUAUUGAAGGGUGAGGCUCUUCGUCUGGUUGAGUCUUUAUCGGUUUCGUCAGAAAAUUAUACAAUUGCAUGGGAUAGUCUAAGGAAGCGGUAUGACAAUAAGAAUCUGCAAAUUAAACAACACUUUUCGGCUUUGUUGUCCACGAAUGCUAUACGUAAAGAAUCUGCCACAGCACUCUCAAAUUUGGCAGAUGAAUUCGAUAAGCAUGUCUGUGUGCUUAAUAAGUUGGAGAAUUGUGAUGAUCAUUGGAAUUCAUUCCUUAUCGAGUUAUUGAGUAGCAAAUUGGAUCCUAUCACGCUGAAGGAAUGGGAAUCUCAGCUAGACAUCAACGGUCGUCCCAUGUAUGAUGAAUUAGUUGCCUUUAUUCAGAAACGCUCUAGGAUUUUGCAGUCUAUUACGCUCUCCCAAACAUCACAACAGCCUAUCAAGCCUGAGAUAAAAUUAGAAUCGAAGACUCUGCGAAAUAAAACCGUUUCAUAUCACUCCACGAAUAAUGAUAAUCUUCCGAAGUGCAGACUAUGCAAACUAUCGCAUUCACUGAUGCAGUGCGUUGAAUUUAGGAAGCUGUCGCCACAACAACGUUUCGAAGUAGCCAAGAAGCACGGCCUUUGUCUUAACUGUCUACGGUCAUCUCACAUGAUGAAAAACUGCACUGCUGGAUCCUGUCGAACAUGCAGCAAACGCCAUCAUACUUUGCUACAUUUGAAUUCAACUCCAAAGUCGGAUCAGAAUAACGAUCAAUCGAACACUGCCAUUCAGGUAGCGCAGUAUACACACCAUUCACCAUCGGUAUCGGUCGUCGGUAUGCCUUCAUCGUUUUCGUGCAUUGCAGAUGAUUGCAAUGUGGUAUCUCGGAUUACUGAACCAGUCCCGUCAUCGUCAGAUGGGCACAGUAAUUAUACGUCGUCGCUUAUUCCUCCAUCGAUUUCGAAACGCAAACCGUCAGGUUCUGCUCAAAGCUCACCUCAGGUGACAAAUUGUCAAGCUGUCGUUCCUGUAAAUUCGAAUUUGUCGAAGACUAAACAGUCUUCUGUAUUCAUGUUGACUGCAUACGUUAGGGUCAAGGAUAUUGAUGGUAACUACCACUUCGCACGCGCUUUGCUUGAUUGUGCAUCUGAAGCAAAUUUCGUAACAGAAUCUCUAGCUCAAACUCUUCGCUUGAAACGCCUAUCUGCUAACAUAGAUGUGUAUGGUAUAAGCCAAUCCGUUAAGAAAGUUAAACAACAAGUUCCCAUCGUAGUGUCGUCUCGUAUUAAUUCGUACACAUCUUGCUUGAGUUUUUUGAUCCUGCCAUCGCUAACGAGGAUUUUGCCCACAGUCAACGUGAAUGUAUCCAAGUGGAUUAUUCCGCGCCACGUUCCUCUCGCAGAUCCCAAAUUCAAUGUCGCCCACGACGUCGACAUGAUUAUCGGCAUAAAGUCAUUCUUCGACAUUCUAGAGGAUGAUCAAAUCGCACUAGGUAGUGACUUGCCAGUGCUUCGUAAAACAGUUUUCGGUUACGUCGUUGCGGGUGAGGCCCUCGAAAGCAAAUCUUCUACUGUUGUUUGUAACGUUUCGACUUUUGACAACCUGGAUUCAAUAGUUCGCAAAUUCUGGGAAGUAGAAAGUUUCGAAAGUGGCAAAGCCCUUUCUCUGGAAGAACAAUAUUGCGAGACACAUUUCAAAAAAACCCACAGCAGAGCCAUUGACGGUCGGUACGUGAUUCGUUUACCCAUUCGUGAAGAGAUGCUGUUUGCUUUAGGAGAAUCGUUAACAACAGCAAAGCGUAGAUUUUUUAGUAUCGAGAAAAAGUUAGCAUCGGACCCUCAGUUACUCUCAGAAUACACGAAAUUCAUGGACGAGUAUCAACUACUGCAACACAUGGAGGAAAUCGAGCCCAAUCAUUCGAUCCAGCACUUCUACCUACCUCAUCAUUCGAUCCAGCGACCAGAAAGCACAACAACAAAGACAAGGGUUGUUUUCGAUGCCUCAUGCCGAGGAUCUAACAACAUUUCACUGAAUGAUAUCUGCUACAUAGGUCCAAAUGUUCAGCCUUCGCUUUUGUCAAUACUACUCAAUUUUCGACUACCAAAGAACGUAGUGACUGCCGAUAUAGAAAAAAUGUAUCGACAGAUUAUCGUCCACACUGAAGAUCGUCCUCUGCAACAGAUCGUUUGGCGGAAGAAUCCUACAGAAAAUCUAAAACAUUAUCGACUGAAUACCGUCACAUACGGUACAGCUUCUGCACCAUACCUCGCUACGCGUGUUUUAAACCAACUUGCUGACGACGAAGCUCAAAACUAUCCACUUGCCGCCUUGAAGGUGAAGAAGUCGUUUUACGUAGAUGAUUACCUGUCGGGGGAAGAUGACGAAAAUCGCUUAAUCGAAACAAAUCAACAGCUUAUCGCACUUCUUCGUUCUGGUGGAUUUAGCCUCCGAAAAUGGAGCAGUAACAACAAAAGGGUGCUUGCUCAUAUUCCAGAAUCACUACGGGAUACUCGGUCCGAAUUAAAAAUCGGUCAAUCAGGUUUAAUCAAAACUCUUGAACUCAACUGGCAUCCUGUGUCUGAUCGGUUGAGCUUCAACGUUCCAGAAUUUGAAUUAUCGGAGUUGAUAACAAAACGUACAAUUUUAUCGGAGAUGUCACGCCUAUUCGACCCCCUCGGUCUUGUUGGAGCUGCUAUCGUAAUGGCGAAGAUAUUUCUACAAUCACUUUGGGCUAACAACUAUUCGUGGAACGACUCAUUGCCAUCUGAAUGUACGACUUGGUGGAAGCAGUAUCGUGAGGAAAUCUAUAAACUCGCAUCGCUCACUAUUCCCAGACGCGCUCUCAACGAUAAUUACACAGACAUCGAACUCCAUUGCUUCGCAGAUGCGUCCGAUCGGGCUUAUGGUAGCUGUGUGUAUAUGAAGACAACGAGUGGUGACGGUACAUCCGUUAGCAAUUUGGUAAUCUCGAAAUCUCGCGUCAGUUCGCUGACAAAGCUCUCGACUCCACGACUGGAACUUUCCGCCAGCCAGCUUAUGGGUCAAUUACCUGCCGUUAGACUCACACCAUCGCGUGCGUUUGUAUCAAGCGGAGUUGACUAUUGCGGUCCGUUCUUCGUAAAGCCUCCUAGACGUCGUGGAUCAUCGAUAAAAAUCUUCGUCGCAAUCUUCGUGUGUAUGUGGUCAAAAGCCGUCCACAUCGAUAUCGUAUAUAGUCUCACAUCAGCCUCGUUCAUAAAUGCGCUAAAACGCCUCGUCAGCCGUCGUGGUCGUAUAUCCGACAUAUAUUGUGAUAACGCACGAACUUUCGUAGGAGCGAACCGAAUGCUCCAAGAACUUCGACGGGAAUUCAACAAAAUGCAUAGUUCCGAAGAAACCGCCAGUUAUUGCGCUGAAUCUGGCAUCAACUUCCACUUCAAUCCAGCACGUUCGCCGCACUUCGGUGGACUAUGGGAGGCUGCGGUAAAAAUCUUCAAGUAUCAUCUCUACAGGGUGAUGAAAAAUACUUUGCUAACAAUCGACGACUUCAACACGCUCAUCGUGCAAAUAGAGGGAAUUAUGAAUUCCCGACCCUUGACGCCGUUAUCAUCUGACCCUGCAGACGUAGUUGCCCUAACUCCUGGGCAUUUUCUCGUUGGAGAGCCUCUCCACUCGCUUCCAGAGCCUGACUUGUGUAACACCCCUAUUAACAGACUAAACUCAUUCCAGAAGAUGCAACAACGUCUCCAGCAUUUCUGGAAAUCCUGGUCCCGCGACUACAUCGGGCAGCUUCAAAAUCGGAAGAAGUGGCCAGUAUCACUACCAAACACAGAUAUCGGAACUAUGGUCCUGCUUAAACAAGAUGGCGCCCCUCCUAUGCGGUGGAAUCUCGGUCGAGUCGAACAGGUGUUCCUCGGCAAUGACGGAAACGUACGGGUAGUUCAGGUUCGUACGGCAUCCGGCAGCUAUAGACGUGCAGUGACGGAGAUCUGCCCCCUACCUAUCGAGCAAGGUUCAACUGAAACAUCACCUAUCACCAAUUGA